AUGGCGACCAUGUUCCAGUCGUUGCGGAGUUCUAGCAUGCCCAAGAGGCUGCUAAAAUUCGCACUCUCCCGCCUGGAGCUCCUGGAUGCCGAUGCCUUGAACAUGGACAACCUAGAUCUAGCCAUCGGCAGGAAUACCGUUUUCGAGUUUCGGGACGUCGGCAUAAAGCUAAAGAAACUCGAACAGAUACUCAAGCUCCCCUCAUCGUUUGAGCUUCUGAAGGCCAAGGUUCUCCUGCUACGAAUCACGAUUCCGGUCGACUUCUACACGAGCCCCAUAAUAGUUGAGGUUGAUGGCGUCGACGUUAGGAUACGAGUGGCGAACCGCGAGGCCACAGUCCACCGGGAACCGACGACCUCGGACGUUGUCCCAAACACCACAGACCUGGCCCAGUCAUUCCUCGAGGAUCAACCCGAAGCCGAAAAGAAGAGGCUCGAAGAAGCCCUUGCGGCCGAAACCCAGGACUUGGGCGCGUCCGUCACCGUGAGCGAUGACGGAAGCGAGGACGAGUCCUCCUACGGCACGGGGCAAGCUCUCUCGCUACCAGCCUUCAUGGCCGACUUUUGCAAGGCAUAG